AUGGCUACCCCCACCGAGCCCCAGAGCACCAUCACCCGCUCGCACUACCACACGGUCUAUGCCACCGUACUCGAGGCUAGCCAGCACACUCCUCAGAACCGUCCGGACCCUCGCGUCGUUCAACAGAUGGUUCGCAGUAUGCUCUUUCCGGCCGGGGAAGCCCCGCUCUGGGUCUACGACCUGGAAGAAGAAACACGGAACACGCAGGCCCGGAUCGCCAAUGCCAAUGUUGUAGAAAUCAUCGAAGGGGAGGGACAUAUCGUGGAUGCGUUGGAGGAGAUGAUGAGCAGGAACGGGUUCGGACGCGGCGGGUCACCCGCAGCCGUAGGACUCGGCGGAGGGAUGUGGUCGGAGGAUAGUUUCACGGAGCUGGACGCCAAUCGGUUCCUCCAUGCCCGAGAGCACGCACGCCUGUGCACCGCCGCUCGAACUCAUGAGGCCAACCCUGUCAACGCACCAGCGACCGUCCCCACUCAGCCUAUCCUCCCACUUGUGCUGCACGAACGCGACUCAUCCGAAAUGUAUGCGGCCAUGUACGGGGAGAUCCGGAAGGAGUUAGCGUUGGUGGACCUGCGCAGCGAGUUAUACGAGGAAAGUGUAUCCCAGGUCCGGGCUCAGAUCGAGGACAUGCGAGCAUUCUUCGACUCGAAGAGAACCUUCUUGAAGCGCAUGGGUCGUAGGGAGCUGGAGGGGUAUCGUGCUGCCAAGUUAGUCGAGGACCAGAUGGAUCGGGCGGCCACUGAGCGCAGACGGGAGGAGGAGCAGCAAUGGGCAGGUGAAAUCGUAGAUGAUCGUGACGUGGAGGUUAUUAGUGAGGCGGAGUUCCGGUACGGGACACGCGAUAGAGAGGUCUAUAGCCCACGAGUCGGGGCCACGGGGAUGGACUUCCGGGUCGAUAUGGACGAUGAUGAGGGGAUGGAGGAAGGCAAUAACCCGGCGGGACAAGGGCACCUGAACUUGAUAGCAAUGUAG